AUGGGCCACCUUCUCUCGAAGGAGCCGCGUAACCGCCCGAGCCAGAAGAGGCCUCGCUGUUGCAGCUGGUGUCGCCGGCGGCGCCCUCUCCUCAGGCUGCCUCGCCGGACACCGGCCAAGGCACCCCCACAGCCGGCGGCGCCCCGGAGCCGGGACUGCUUCUUCCGCGGGCCCUGCAUGCUCUGCUUCAUCGUGCACAGCCCCGGCGCGCCCGCCCCCGCCGGCCCAGAGGAGGAGCCGCCGCUCUCGCCGCCACGGGACGGGGCCUACGCCGCCGCCUCCUCUCAGCACCUGGCACGGCGCUACGCGGCCCUGGCCGCCGAGGACUGCGCCGCUGCUGCCCGCCGCUUCCUGCUGUCCUCGGCUGCCGCUGCUGCCGCCGCCGCCGCCUCGGCUUCGUCUCCCGCCUCCUGCUGCAAAGAGCUGGGGCUGGCCGCGGCCGCCGCCUGGGAGCAGCAGGGCCGGAGCCUCUUCCUGGCCAGCGUGGGGCCCGUGCGCUUCCUGGGGCCGCCCGCCGCCGUGCAGCUCUUCCGGGGUCCGACACCGGCUGAACCCCCCACGCCCCCCGAAAUGGUGUGCAAACGGAAGGGGGCCGGGGUCCCCGCCUGUACCCCCUGCAAGCAGCCCCGCUGCGGCGGCGGUGGCUGCGGUGGCGGCGGCGGCGGCGGGGGAGGGCCUGCGGGAGGAGGCGCCUCGCCGCCGCGGCCCCCCGACGCCGGCUACUGCCAGGAGCAGCCCCCGCAACCGCUCUGUCCCCCGCCCUCCUCUCCCACUUCCGAAAGUGCCCCCAUCGAGGCCGGCGGGGACGCUGUCCGAGCUGGGGGUACCGCCCCCUCGUCCGCUCAGCAGCAGCAUGAAUGCGGCGACGCGGAUUGUCAGGAGCCCCCAGAAAACCCCUGCGACUGUCACAGGGAGCCGCCCCCCGAAACCCCAGACAUCAACCAGCUGCCGCCGUCCAUCCUGCUUAAGAUAUUUUCCAAUUUGUCCCUGGAUGAACGUUGCCUUUCUGCAUCACUGGUUUGCAAGUACUGGCGCGAUCUUUGUUUAGAUUUCCAGUUUUGGAAGCAACUGGAUCUUAGUAGUCGUCAGCAGGUCACUGAUGACUUAUUGGAAAAAAUUGCAUCAAGAAGUCAGAAUAUAAUUGAAAUCAACAUUUCUGACUGUCGCAGCAUGUCUGAUACUGGCGUAUGUGUUCUAGCAUUCAAAUGUCCUGGACUUCUUAGGUAUACAGCCUACAGGUGUAAACAGCUUUCUGACACCUCUAUUAUUGCAGUUGCCUCUCACUGUCCUUUACUUCAGAAAGUACAUGUAGGCAAUCAGGACAAACUUACUGAUGAAGGACUCAAACAGCUGGGGUCAAAAUGCAGAGAACUCAAAGAUAUUCAUUUUGGCCAGUGUUACAAGAUCUCAGAUGAAGGCAUGAUCGUCAUAGCUAAGGGCUGUCUGAAACUACAAAGAAUAUACAUGCAGGAAAACAAAUUAGUGACAGACCAGUCAGUGAAAGCAUUUGCUGAGCACUGUCCUGAACUUCAGUAUGUUGGCUUCAUGGGUUGUUCAGUAACCUCUAAAGGAGUAAUUCACUUAACCAAGCUAAGAAACCUUUCCAGCUUGGACUUACGUCAUAUCACUGAACUGGAUAAUGAAACUGUGAUGGAAAUUGUCAAGAGGUGCAAAAAUCUUAGCUCUCUCAAUCUCUGUCUGAACUGGAUCAUAAAUGACAGGUGUGUGGAGGUCAUUGCAAAGGAAGGACAAAACCUGAAAGAGCUGUAUUUGGUGUCCUGUAAAAUCACAGAUUAUGCACUAAUAGCUAUUGGGCGAUAUAGCAUGACAAUAGAGACUGUGGACGUUGGAUGGUGCAAAGAAAUUACAGAUCAAGGAGCCACCCUGAUUGCACAGAGCAGCAAAUCUCUGAGAUAUUUGGGGCUGAUGAGAUGUGAUAAAGUCAAUGAAGUGACAGUGGAACAACUGGUGCAACAGUAUCCCCACAUCACAUUCAGCACUGUCCUGCAGGACUGCAAGAGGACCUUGGAGAGAGCCUACCAGAUGGGCUGGACCCCCAACAUGUCUGCUGCCUCCUCCUAACACUCCUGCCCAUGCAUAGGUCCACUUGGAUCAUUCAGCAGGGCAGUGAUUUCCUGGAAAGGUGUUGACUGUCACCUGUCAGCGUGCGUGCAGGAGUGUGUAUAUUCAUGUCUUGUUUGCCUACUGCAUAGUGUAAUGCACAUUAUCUGUUACCAGGUGGGCUGGCUUUUUUUCUUAAAAAUUGAAGAUUAUGAAAGCCACAAACCUUUUAGUUUUUAUGUUCAAAGGCUUAUUUCUCUUAAAAAUAAAAUAAUUCUUUGUUUCAAUAUAGAGUCAAAGAAUUAGACGUAUUACUUUGAGCUUCUAAUUUCUGCCACUUUUGGAGAUCCCAAAAGACAAGUUUCUUUUUUGAUGGUGUAGAAUGUGUGCUUCUACUGGUGAAACCAGAACAGAAGUGAUAUUGCACUAAUUAGAAGCCUAGAAACCAGUACUCUUCAAAAUUCCCCACACAUAUAUACAUAGUAAGUUACCUGCAACUUUCAUGUACCCCUACAAGUGGGUAAACACACACACACACACACACACACACACUCGGGUGGUUUCUUUGUAAAUCAUUUCCUGACAGAGUGGCCUUCAUCCAGGCCACUGGGGAGCAUGUCAUCCUGUGUGACUCUCUCUAACUCAUUGUGUCCACAGGUGGUCAACUUGCUAUCUGGUGGGCGACUUAGAGACUAGAGAGAAUAAAGCCUUUUGUAAAUUUUUUAUAUGGAGGCAACAAUCUGAACUCCCCUGGCCAGCUCAUAGAAGUUAAUUAUUCAUUAUUCUACAAAUGCAUUCUGUUGAGUACUAAAUAUUUUACUUGGUUUUGCAUUAACAUUGUGUUAGCUUUUAUGUUGUGGUUUGUAACUGGUCAGGAUAUAUUUUAGUGAUAUUUGGAGCUAAUCUUAGCAUUAUCCACAUUGAAGCCACCAGUGUAAUUAAUGGUGAGCAGUUAUUAAAAAUCUACAGAUCAUUUCAUUAUUUUGUUAAUUUUGGUAAUUAUGAAAGCAUUUUUCUGAAAUUUGGGGGUAGUCACAUUAAUAGAAGAUUAAUGAGUGAGAUACAAGUAGACAAUCUUCCUACUGAAUUUUUUUUUUCUUUUGCUUUGGGUUUUAGAACAGAUUUUUUGGAUAUGUGCAUGUCAUUUUUUGAAUAGUUCUUAUGCUACUGCAAAGAUCUAUUGCAAGCUAAUGUAAGAGUUAAAAAGAAAAAAAAUUAGAAAAUCUGUUCACUAAGAUUCUGUUUACACUUGCCAGAAAUAAGUAUUUUUGUUUAAUUAAAGAUUGCCAGCUUUCAGUUAAGACAGUACCUAUCAGUAAAUGAAUAUAUGUCUUGAUUUCACACAUCUUUACAAUUAAUUCAUUAUAGGGACUUAGGCUCAAAUAACCUUUCGUAUGUCUAGAUUUAUAAUCAAGACAGCAGGGAGCCUUUUUAAGCUAAAGAGUGAUUAUCUUUCUCAGUAGAACUAGAAGCAAAACCCUGACUUGUGAAUUUGCUAUUUAUUCUUCCCUGAUGUGGACAUAACUGUUAUUUGAUCUUUAACAGAUAUACUGAGGUUUGAGUGCAUUUCCUAUAAAUUCCAUAUUGCUAAAGUGAUACUAGCUGUAAGAAACAAAAGAUAGCCUUAUAUUUGAAUGUCAUUCAUGUAUUUAUAACGACUCCUUUUUGUAAACAACUGUUUCCUUUGAUUAUGUCAACAUGUUUCUGAUGUGGCAUUUUUUGUUUUAAUCCCAAUCAGUUAAGAAAAUCUAGUCAAUAAGCACCAAGAAUAUUUUUCCCAUAGCUAAAUGGGUUAGUAAUUUAAUUUGAAGGGAGUAAAAUUUUCAUAAUAAAAAGAUGUUUACCAUUAAUAAACUGUAUUUCUUCUUACACAUUGAACUGUAUCAUUUCCAUAUCCAUUUUUCCACCACUGAAAAAUCUUAUUUCACAAUAUUUUAACUGAUUUUUAACCCAAAACUAAUUUAUAAGACAGUAUGUAUAGUAAUAGUAGCUUGAGUGAAUAAACAAAAGUUUAAUUUUUAUAUAUGUCACACUAUAUUUUAAAUAGUUUUUAAAAAGGACAAAAGAAGGGAGAACCAUCUAUGAUAUAGAUGGUACAAUUUCAGUUCAAAGUUGUAAUAACAUUUGGAGUGUUACAGUUUGGUUGUCAAAUGGUUUCAGAGUGUAUAAUUGAUUUUUUUUUAAUGUUAAAUUGUUUGAAUCUAAAGUACAGCACUAUAACAUGCUUUAGCUUGGUGGGGGGAGGGGGGUACUGGGGGACUGCACUUAUUCUUUAAAAUGUUGACUAAUCCAAAAGCCUGAUACAACAUAACCUGGAAAACUGCCUUGGUAUAUUGUAGAAAUCUGUAGAAAUAACAUAUCCAGCCUCAAAGCAUUAAUCUCAAAAAGAAAAAGAAAAAAAAAACAGCCAGAAAAAGCAUCACCUCAAGUGAUCCUGUGAUGGUUGUUGAAUGUGUUCUCAUUAGAUGCUUUGAAAUGAGGCUUAAAAUAAUUUUUCUAGGCAAUAUAGUUUCUUUUUUUGCUUAGAAUGUCAUCCAUACAUGUGAACACGUUUAAUGCAGGACUUUUUAUCCUCUCCAAAAUGUCAACAGUAUUUUCAGAAUAAAGCCUAUGAAAUAUAUUGCUGUAGUGGAAAAUUCUGGUCCUUUGUCUUUAAUGUCUUUUUGAGUGGAUAAAGAAAAUUCACCCGGUUUGUAGUUUCUAUAUUUCCGUGAAUCUUUUGACCUUGCAAUGGGUUGCAAUAAAAGAGAAACAAAGCACUG